GGUGUCUUACAGACGCAGCGGAACCGCCACGCGCGCCGCGGACGCCGUCAUUGAUACGGAGGCUGUGGACGUGUUACCGGUGAUGGAGGCGUCGCCGUCGCCAGAGUUGCCGCCGACGGGGGAUUCGAGCGAGGCGGCGGCGUCGAAUGCAGGGUCCGACGCGGGCGCUGAUGCUUCUGCUGCUUCCGCCGCCGCCGCUGAUGAGGCGUUGCGGGAAUAUCGGGAACUCGAGGCGUUAUUGUCAGGCGCCGCUGUUUCCACCUCCGGCGCCUCCGCAACUGCCGGGGGAACCACACCAGCCGCAAUUGGGAAAGACGGAAGGAGUGAAGACCCAUGGGAACCGCGGAGCGGAGUUGCGGCCGCAUCGCAUGCUCGGAAAAAUGACGACAAGCCAGUUACCGACGUCGCAGCAACCGCGGGCGGAGCUACGGGGGUCGCAGCGAGCAAGCAGCGGCAAGGGCCGGCGGCAGAGCAGCAGGCGGGGCGAAAGGAGGACGAGGCUGAGCGGCAAGCGGAUGGGGCGGUAAAGGCUAAACCCGGGUCGGAGGUGGCGCGGGAAAUCCUCAGCAAGCGGGGUCCAACGGACGCAGCCAUCGCGGAGGCCCUUGCCGCCCUGGAUCCGCGCGGCGAGGAGGAGCUGCUAGACGAGUUCUAUGCCAUCUUUGGAGGCGGU